ACAGCGCUUGUGUCUGACACAUCCAUCCAUAAAGAUAACUUCAGUUGUGAUAAGAUUAGCGGCAAUGUUGGCUCGCACCUUGUCUCAUUGCAGAUACCGAAGUUUCUCGUAGCAAAUUUUGAAACGCGACAGAAAAGAAAUGGAGCAUUCAUAUAUAACUUCUGUGGUGAAAUUAAUUCGGAAUAAAUGAUUAUCAGAAAUACUUAAAUAAAACUCAGUCUCACCAGAAAAUAAUUUAUACCCAGGAUCCAGAGCCAUGAUUGGUCCUGAGGCUCUCAUGCAUGGCACCGAGGUGCUGGACAAAGACUUCAGAGCUCCUGUAAGACUGCAGGCGAAGGAACUUCAUUGUGGUCUAGGAAUGAAUGGCUUCUACUGCAAGCCUGCCUGGCUACAAAAAUAUGCCACUCAUAGGGUGUUUGUGGCAGUGUUGGCAGCAUUCGGGUUUCUCCAAGGAGCGGCUAUGGGUUACUUCAUCGCUACUACCAAUGCUGUGGCCAGCAGUUUUGGGUUCUCACAUGACCUAGUCAGUUGGAUAAUGGUGAGCAACGAGAUAGCGCAAGGGGUGUUAGGGCUCGCCAUCAGUUUCUGGGGCGGCAAGGGCAACCGGCCAGGCUGGAUUGCAACUUGUGCCACUUUCCAAGCCCUCACAUGUUUCCUGUUGUUGCUGCCCCACCUUGCGCAUGGGACCAGCCCGGCCAGCACCAAAUCUGGAGAGUCAAGUGGAGAGCAUCUCUGCUUGAGUAACGUCACUGUGCCUGAGCGUCAGUCACACGACGCUUACCAUUUCACCCUGGUACUCAUGUUCCUUCUUCAACUGGGCGCCGGGCUGGGCGGUAUCUCAGUUCUGUCUCACGGGAUGGUAUACGUGGACGACAACGUGGAGAAGAGAGACAGCGCGGCCCUUAUUGGAGAGGUCAUCGCCCUCAGGCACUUGGGCCCGUAUAUGGGAUUGCUGUUGGCGUGGCGGUGUCUGUCCAUAUAUUCCGGGCCCCUGGACGUGGAGCCAAAACAGACCAGCUCUGAAUGGGUGGGGGCCUGGUGGUUAGGUUGGCCUAUAUUAUCUACAUUAAUAUUUCUGGUAGCCAUCUUGAUCUCCAUGUUCCCAACUCAGCUGCCGUCACAGGCCGUGAAAGAAAUGGCGGCGUCCAUUGUAGACUUGGCGCGCGGUGUCAGAAUACAGGAACCGACUGAUCCCAAGGAAUCGAGCACAGGAUUCUUGUGGUCGCUACGAAGACUCCUCACCAAUAGGAUCAUCGUUCUCAACACUCUGGCUACCGUAUGCCUGCAGACGGCCAUGUCCAACUAUUUGGCCCUCGAGGACAAGUACCUGGAGUCCAAGUUUUACAUCCCAAAACCUUCAGAGGCUGCCGGUGGAUUCCAGGACCCGUGGACCUCAAGGCUGAUUAUAAGUCUGCUGAAACCUCCGCUUGUGGCGCUGCAUAUUUUGGUGUCGGGGCUCGCUAUCUCGAAGAUCAAAAUGCGAGCUGGACGUUUGACAGGUUUGCACACCUUCAUAGCGCUGUCAACGGCCAUCUUCAUGUUCUCCAGGAUCUUCGCCGAUUGCCAUUCGCUCCACAUCGAAGGGGAGAGUGAAGGAAGACUACAGCUCCUGCAGACAUGCAACAGGCAGUGCGGCUGUGCUGACUCGCCCGAUUUCUCCCCCGUGUGUUCCCAGGAGGGCAGCUUCUUGUUCUACUCGUCCUGCCACGCUGGUUGCAAACGAGUGCAAUAUUUAGACGACGUUAAGUUGUUUGCGAAUUGCAGCUGCGUUCAGGAUGCGCUGGGCAACGAGAAGCUUCACCAAGCUAAAGGGGGCCCGUGCAAUGACCCAGACUGCAACUUCAGCUGGAUUCUGAACCAGUGCUUCACUGUGCUUACAGCCGCCAUGGUGGGUACGCGUCUGGUGGGAAAUGCCAUCUUGACUUUCAGGAGCGUGCAACCCAAGGACAAGUCGCUCGCGGUUGGACUGGAGCUCACUCUUGUGGGUCUCGUUGCCUACAUACCUGGAAACUUGCUGUAUCGACUGAUGGCAGACUCCUCGUGCAUGUAUCGGGGUGUGAGUGGUACAGAGGAAUGUAAACUGCACGAUGCUGAAAAGCUUGGACUUUAUAUCAACGUCACCUCAGGAUGUCUAAUGUUCGUCUGUGCCUUACUUAGUGGAGCUGUUUGGCAUUUUGCUCGUGAUCUGGACCUGUACAGCGACGAAGAUGAUGGUCUCGAAAUGGCCGAUUUUCCCAGAAGAAGGGAUCCAAAGAUCAGCUCGAGACAUGCCACUCCUGCUGUAAAACGUCGCAAGGAGGAUCCAGUCAUGUCAGGAGAGGAUGGUGUGACGCUGAGGAGAGAGGUAGAGCAAAUGAGACAGCCAGAGGAACAGGAGUUCAGAUUCAAUCUUAUGGAUCUCAGUGAUCACAUGGAGGACAGCAUGGAAACAUCCUCUCCAAACAGACCGCUUAGUUUGUACUAGACUUACGGCAAUACAUGCAGGGUCUGUUAGGUUUUAAGAUUAGGCUACUGUUCCUAUGAUAAUAUUAAUAAAAUUAAUUUUGUAUUUUAUUUAAUGACGUUGCCGGUAGUUCAGAAUAUAUUUUCAUGCAUUUGAGUGAUUCAUUCGUGAUUCGAUUUAUUGACCAAUUAAUCACUCACGACCCCUGACUAUAAUUUACGAAUCACUGACACACACAGUCUAUUACAGUGUCCACUAGCCGUUUCUUGGUAACGGAUUUUAACACAGGAACUAUAACAGUCUCACUGAAUUAAACACUUCAAAAUUUCACACAUGAAGUCUUCACUUCGCAGCCGGAAUUUAAACUGAGCGCUCUUCCAACUGACUGGCGGAUAUUUCACGUCAAGCACCUAGUCUUCUCUUCACCGCCUGACUAUCAGCUGACUCAGUUAUAAAUUUCGUCUCGUUUAUUACCUCUCGGCACGGGCCACAUAGAAAACGCAGCUCUUCUAUUGUUGUAGAGGCGUGUUUACGGCGCCAUUACGCAGCAAUUAUCGCGGCGUGGAUCACAGAGAACACAAUUUCUCUGUUGCUGUACGACUGUUGCAUGCAUAUCCAUUACGACGGGAAUGCGUUUACCGAGCCGUUGCCUUGAAACGGCGCGGAUAUAUUUUCUUAUCUCGCAUUCGUUGCAUAGCAACUAUUCUACACGCUACGGUAUAACUGGAUGAUAGUGAACGGUGAAUUAGAAGCGGCGAGGAAGGAAGCCGUGACGGCUUAGUAAAAUCCUGGCAUUUGAUUCGACGGAUGUAUUAUAAAUAUCCCAGUAGAAAUUCGAACUGGGUACCUCAGACAUACAAGUCAGAAGUGUUAGUACCUGAGGCAGUUUUUUACCUUUACAUGGUAUCAUAAUCCAGAAAGCCACAAUUUCAAUUUUCACCACCGAGAAGACGUCAAGUCUUGUAUUCUUCCUUAGCUUUGCCUGUCGGCCUAUGUUAUUCUGUGAAUCACUAGCCCCCAUUUCUGCAUUUUUUGCGUGCAAGAGAUAAGUAGAAGGUGGGCAAGAACAAGAACUAACCUCCUGCCUUCCUUUUACUCUAAUUUAAAUGUAUGAUACCACAAAUAGAAAUAAAACUUUAGUAUGUAUGUGUAACAAAGACAGUAAAACAAUAUAAUUUGAGAGGCUGCGGUGCUGGUAUUAUAAAUGGGAGUGGCUUAUGAAGUGCUCUGUUGAGGUGGUCUCAUAUGAUAUGAAAUACAUACGAAAUUUUAUGACAAUCGGUCUGGGAAUUCAAGUAAUAUUACGGGGCUGUAAUGUUGGUAUUACUGAUGGAGGAAAUUUGUGACGUACCCCUUGAGAUGACUUCAUUGAUAUACAUAUCAAGUUUCAUGAAGAUUGGUACAUGCGUUCAACCAAUAUUACGGUUUUGCGUCAGCAAUUUGAGAGGCUGUAAUGUUGGUAUUACUGAUGGGAGAGAUUUAUGAAGCCACUGAGAUUAUCUCUGGUGCCAUGAUGUAUAUAGUUGCGAAGUAGGUAUUGAAAUGUUGUAAUGAGGGGAUACUCCCAAACAAAAAAAAAAAA